GAAAGUGGAAGUACAGAGAAAAUGACAUAAUUUCCCUCUAAAAUGAGGCAGCGCAGAUGUUCAAUAAUAACUGAAGGCGAAAAUAAAUCGAACUCACGUCCACUGCCGGAACUUAACAGUGUGACACCCAGCGGAAGUAAACAAUGAAAGCGCGCGAGUGGUGUUAGCUCUAAGGAUGUGUGGAUUUAGCCUGAAGACAAUGGUGUAGUUGUUUUACAGAAUACUAACAUCGAAAAACUAUCGUCGAGUACGAGGAAGAGAUCGAUCGUCAGCGCAGACUGCUGGAUAUCGUUUGGAAACCCGAGAUAAAGCUACACAGGACAGAGCUCCCACAGCAUCAUGUCUGUAAGGAGGAAGAGGUUCUCACUGACCAGCAGCUCUGUGACCAGGAGAGGAACUCCAGUGUUGGACAUCCGUUUGAAACCCGAAAUAAAGCUACACAGGAUAGAGCUCCCACAGCAACAUGUCUGUAAGGAGGAGGAGGUUCUCACUGACCAGCAGCUCUGUGACCAGGAGAGGAACUCCAGUCUGGACCAGGAGGACCCAGAGCCUCCACAGAUUAAAGAGGAAGAGGAGGAACUCUGCACCAGUCAGGAGGGAGAGCAGCUUGUACUGAAGCAGGAGACCGAUACCUUGAUGUUGACUUCUACUAAUGAGGAAAGUGACCGAAGUGAAGCAGAAGCAAACAGUGACCACCAGCUCCUCUCUCACAACUCUAACUGUAAAACUGAGACAGAGCUUCGACAGCAACAUGUCUGUAAGGAGGAAGAGAUUCUCACAGACCAGCAGCUAUGUAAACAGGAGGAUCCAGAGCCUCCACAAAUUAAAGAGGAAGAGGAAGAACUCUGUACCAGUCAGGAGGGAGAGCAGCUUGUACUGAAGCAAGAGAUUGAUACCUUUAUAUUGACUCCUACUAAUGAGGAAAAUUACCGAAGUGAACCAGAAGCAAACAGUGACCACCAACUCCUCUCUCACAACACUCCUGUAGCUGAGAGUCAAGAUCAGAAAGGAAGCGAGCAUGUACACUCAGGAUCAAAGAGUCACUGUAACACUCAGACUGGUAAAAACUCUUUCAAAUGUCACACUUGUGGAACAGUUUUUAAAAAUAAGUAUGAUUUGAAAAUACAUCAUAGACGCCACACGGGUGAGAGGCCAUAUUCUUGUAGCACCUGUGGGAAAAAAUUCAGUCGGACAUCAACAUUGAAAGAUCAUUUAAGAACUCACACAGGUGAGAGGCCAUAUUCUUGUGAUACCUGUGGGAAAAAAUUUAGCCGAACAUCAAGAUUGAAAAAUCAUCUAAGAACUCACACAGGUGAGAAGCCAUAUUUUUGUGAAACAUGUGGGAAAAGUCUCAGAUCAAGCAAAGGCCUGGUGGUCCACAUGAGAACCCACACAGGGGAGAAGCCAUACACCUGCAACACCUGUGGGAAAAAAUUUAGUAACAAGUCAGACUUGAGUAAACAUACAAGAACCCAUACAGGUGAGAAGCCAUAUUCUUGUGAAAUAUGUGGGAAAGGUUUCACUACUCGUACAGUCUUGUUGGUUCACAUGAGAAUUCACACAGGUGAGAAGCCUUAUUUUUGUGAAACAUGUGGGAAAGAUUUCAGAACUUGUUCUGAAUCAUUGGUCCACAUGAGAACCCACACAGGUGAAAAGCCGUACACCUGCAACACCUGUGGGAAAAAAUUCAGUAACAAGUCCGACUUGAGUACGCAUACAAGAACCCACACAGAUGAGAAGCCUUAUUGUUGUGAAGCAUGUGGGAAAGGUUUCAGAACUAGUUCAGUCUUGUUGGUCCACAAGAGAAUCCACACAGGUGAGAAGCCCUAUUCUUGUGAAACAUGUGGGAAAGAUUUCAGAACUUCUUACGAAUCCUUGGUACAUAUGAGAACCCACACAGGUGAGAAGCCGUACACCUGCAACACCUGUGGGAAAAAAUUUAGUAACAAGUCAGACUUGAGUAAGCAUACAAGAACCCACACAGGUGAGAAGCCAUAUAACUGCAACACCUGUGGGAAAAAAUUUAGUAACAAGUAUGACUUGAGUAAACAUUCAAGAACCCAUACAGGUGAGAAGCCAUAUUUUUGUGAAAUGUGUGGGAAAGGUUACUCUACUCGUACAGUCUUGUCGGUCCACAUGAGAAUCCACACAGGUGAGAAACCGUAUUCUUGUGAAACAUGUGGGAAAAAUUUCAGAACUUCUUCCGAAUCCAUGGUCCAUAUGAGAACCCACACAGGUGAAAAGCCAUACACAUGCAAAACCUGUGGGAAAAAAUUUACAAACAAGUCAGACUUGAGUAAACACACAAGAACCCACACAGGUGAGAAGCCAUAUCCUUGUACCACUUGUGGGGAAAAAUUUAGUCAGAUAUCAAUAUUGAAAAAUCAUUUAAGAACUCACACAAAUGAGAAGCCAUAUUUUUGCGAAACGUGUGGGAAAAGUCUCAGAUCAAGUAAAGGCCUGUUGAUCCACAUGAGAACUCACACAAGUGAGAAGCCGUACACCUGCACCACUUGUUGGAAAAAAUUUAAUAACAAGUCUACCUUGAGUAAGCAUACAAGAACACACAUAGACCAGAAGCUGUAUUUUUGUGAAACGUGUGGGAAAGGUUUCACUACUCGUACCCUCUUAUUGGUCCACAUGAGAACCCACACAGGUGAGAAGCCGUACCCCUGUGACAUCUGUGGGAAAAGGUUCAGUCAGAAGACAAACUUAGCAAGACAUGUAACAAUCCAUUCAAAUAAAAAGUAAUGUACUCACUGAACAUAUGGGGGAGCCUUCAGACGUAUGAAGAGACAUGGAGAAAUGAGCUUGGAAAAAUCUUGGUGUUACAGUGGCUGCACAGUGUCUAAGAAUGUAAACGACUGAACUCUAAUAUUAUUAAUUUGAAUAUUUCCUUACUCUACCAUAGUUAUUUGAGUGGAUCAUAAGUCUGUACUAUCAGGUGAGAAACCCUCAAGUGCUGUUGUGUCACAUAUGUGGUCCUCUUUCUACUUACUUCAAAGUCUUUUUAUCUAGUGCAUGUCCCUUCAAUUUAGAUUUUUAAUAAUUUUGUGAUUGAAUCAGUUUGAUGUAAUUUGUAUUUUCUCAUCUUUUAGAGGUGAUGCAAAAACACAAGUUGUAGAAGAUGAACUACAUUGUUUUGUGAAAGAUGCUAUAUAAAUAAACUGACUUUUGUCAAGAAAUUU